AUGUCUCUGAUACGCCGUUCGGGCCGCUUGGCCACGGCCGUGGUUGCGGCCGUCUUGUCUCUCGGCCUCUUUUCCACCGCCGCCUUGGCCAUCCAGGUCACGCCCAACUCGCCCUGUGCCUCGCUCUGCAUCGACAGCGCCGGGCUCGACACCUCGGACCCCAACUCGUCCAACACCGUCAAUGCCGACAUUGUCUGCAACGACGCCGAUUUUGCCAGCAAAAGCGCCGGCAAAAAGUGGACGGCCUGCAUGGGCUGCCUGCAGAACAGCACCUUCUCCCAGGGCGCCGAGAGCGACCAGGCCUGGUUCUUUUACAACCUGCGGUACAACGUCGACUACUGCAUCUUUGGCUACCCGGACGCCGGCGACGCCGUUGGCUCCAGCCCGUGCCAGACGUCGACGGCCUGCGGUCCCUUGCAGGGCAGCCUCUACGACGGGGUCCCCCGCAUGGGCAACCACACCGAGUUUGGCUACUGCACGGCCAACGGCACGACCCUGUCGAGCAGCCAGUUCAAGGGCUGCACGGCGUGCGUCGGCGGCAGCGGCGACCAGAACAUUGUAGCCAACUCGCUCAUUGCCCUCGAGGCGGGCUGCCUGCAGCAGCUGCCGCCGGACGAGGCGGUCGGGCUCAGCGGAUCGGUCUUUGCGUCGGCCACGACCAUUUCGAUCGUGGCACCGACCCAGACGAGCGGCUCUGGCUCGGGCGCGUCGGGCUCGGGCACGGACAGCCGGCAUGUCGCCACGACCACGAUUGCUGUCAUUGUUGUUGUGGCUCUCCUGGCCGUUGCCGCGAUUGGUGGGUUUGCGUUUGUGUGCUACCGCAAGCGCCGCGGCUCGGCUCGCCGUGGUGCGGCCGGCUCCAAGAGCAUCUUUGGCAAGAACAAGGAGCAGGACGGCUUUUACGGUGCCGAGGGCGGUUUUGGUGAAGGUGGGGGCGGCGGCGGCGGCGGCAGUAGUGGCUUCGUGCCCAGCGGUGGCAUCCGAGGCAGUGGCCUCGGCGGGUUUGUGUCGGUUCCGACGGGCGGUGCCAGUGUGCGUGGCUCGCCAGCGUCUGCCGCGGACCCCAACGCUUGGUCCUCUCGCUUUCCGUCCAGCGAGGUGAUCACGUCGCCGCUCAGCUUCCAGUGUCGCGCGAGCGCCACGAGUCUUGGCGACAUGGUCGACCGCAAGGUCGUCGCUGAGUCCGUCGCCGAGUCCGCUCCUCCUGCUGCCACCGUUCCUUCCAACCGUGGCGGCGGACACAGCCGCAGCAGCAGUACCGGCAGCGUCGAGAUGGGCGUGGCACUGCAAGAGCAGCAGCUGCAGCAGCAGGUACAGUCCGCCUCGCGCAGAAAGCACCAAAAACCCCAGGCCAUCAGCAGUGCCGCCAUCCACGCUGCCAUUAAUGCUGCCGCCGCAUCCCAUUCCACCGCCACCACCAUCUCCUCCACGAAUAGCCUUGGCAGCGGUGGCAGCAGCGGCCACCUGUCGGCCAUUGUCGAGUCGCCGUUCCCGUCGCCCGCGCCUGCAGCCCAAACUGGCAACGGGGCGGACGGCAUCGGAAACAUUGGCAUGCGCAUCCACUCAAUCGACUUUGACAAGAAGGGCUACGCCGAAGCCGCUGCGGCGGUAUCACAGUCGUCGCCGCCCCGGCUGCACCAGCUCAAGACAUCCUUCUCGCCCUAUCUGGGCACGAACUCGUCGCCCUCGUACAACACGCCGACGUCGUCAACAGCACUACUGUCGUCCACGUCUCUGACGGGCCAACUGCCGUCGCCGCCCACAGGCCACAGCGUCUACAACCCGAGCGUGUAUGCCCCAGCCCAUGGCGCUGCGGGCCCGUCGCCGACGGCCUACACCAAUAUCAGUGUGGCUGCUGCUGCCGGCCAGCGCGGCGUCUACCAGGGCUGGUCCGCCAUGGUGUCCGCGGCGCAGCAGUACCAGCAGCAGCAGCUGCAGCAACAACACCUGCAAAACUCGGCAACAACGUCCAUGCCGGCAUCGGCCGUGGGGUCCUACCGUGGCGAGCGCGAGCCGGCGUCCGCCGUGUCCGUCGUGUCCGUCGUGUCCGUCGCUUCGCUGGCGUCCUCCCACGGUCUCGGCGCGGCCACCAUGGCCGCGCGGCAAACGUUCUCGGACCGGGAACCGCAGUCGGCCGGUGGCGCAGGCGACGUGUCGGCCACGUCCAUGCACCCUCCCGGUGGAGGCUUCCCGCCGGUGUCGUCGGCCGCCUCAUCGGUGCGACAGCACAACAAGUCGCCGCAUGGGCGGUCGCCGCACACCAAAGCCAAGCUGCCCCUGGGCAGCGGCAAGCCGUCGCAUGCGCGGUCACCGCACACGCAGACGGAGCUGGUACAGACCGAAUUCCUCCCGCCGCCGCCAGCAAGGACACGGAGGUGA